AUGGUCACCGAUGGCUACGACUCUCGACGCAAGCAUCACCGAUCAUCCUCUCCGGACGACCACGACAAAUCCUCAAAGCGUCAUAAGCACCGCCACCAUCAUAGCCACCGCCAUCGCCAUGGAAGCAAAAAGCGCGAUGAGGAGAUUCAAAUUCAAUACGAUGCAGAAAUUGUUGCCGCGGUUCCUUCUCCAAGUCCUGUUUCCGAUCCGGCUCCGGCUCCACGUAAUCAUCUCCCUGACGAUGACGUCGAGGAGGGAGAGAUUCUUGACGACGAGCCUUUGGGCGGCGAGGUUGGAAAGAAGCAGAUUGAAUCUGAUGUUGAAUCUGGGGAAAUUGAGGUGAAAGGAGAUCGAGAUCUCCGAUCUGAGAAGAAAAUUCCGGGACUUCUAGCUAAAAGUUUGAAAAUUGAAAGUGAGGAUUUCAACAGUGAUAGAUUUAUUAGUCCUACUUCUGAUGUAGAAGAUGGAAAAUGGCGUCGGAGGCACAUUGAAUCUCGAAGUUGUGAAGAUGAUGAUUCUCCAAACCACUCAAGGGCUGGGAGAGAUGUUCAAGCUGGUCAUGAUGCUUUGGGCAACGGGUAUUUGGAUGUUAAGUCUUCUAAAGGGGAUAAGUGGCAGAAUGGGGAGUUUGGACAUUUUAAAGGGAAUGAGAUGCUAAAAGGUGACUAUAAUGAUGAAGCACUGGAGGCUAAUAGAAAGGAAGAAAAUUCCCACAGGAAUGCCUCUGAAAGUGGAGAAGAAAAACGUAGAAUGCCAGGGAAUUCUCCUUUGCAUGAUGGUUACAGAAGUCGAUCAAAAUCAAUUGGCCAUACAAGAGACAGGUCUCCUUCUCGCAGUGCUGUAGAAGAGUAUGUCCAUCCCAAUAGCAGGCACUCUAGGGAAAAGGGUUCCCUUUAUUAUACUAGCAGACAUAAGACUGACUAUGACCUUGAUGAGGAAAGAGUGAGUGCAUACAGAAGGGAGCAUCGUCACGGCAGUAAGGAUUUGGUGGAGGGUGAUAAACAGGAACACAGUACCAGGUAUCACAGUCGGGAGACCCGGGAUAGGGAUAGAGCUACCUACAGAAGUAGGGACAGAGAUGUGGAUAGAGACUUGCACAGAGAAAAGAAGGGAGAGGAAACAAAUAAGAAUAAGGAAGUUGAUUGGGUGCGUAGAAGGGAGAAAGAACGUGGAAGGAGCCACGAUAGACAUAGAAGGGACAUUGAAAAAGAAAAAGAUAGGAGCAGGGAAAGGGAAGAGGGUAGGGAUAGGAGAAGAGAAAAGGAAAGAGAUAGGAGCAGAGACACAGUUUAUGAGAGGGAUAGGAGAAGGGAAAUAGAAAGAGAUACGAGCAAGGACAGAACAAGGGGUGGUGAGAGAGAUAGAGACUGGAAGAGUGAGUGGGAUUAUAGGAAUCGGGAAAGGGAUAACAUUAAGGAGAGGGAAAGACGAGAUGAUAGAUAUCGACACAAUGACAAAGAUGCUCCUAAUGGUAAGGAUAAGCAUAUACGUCGCGAGGAUGGCAAUGACAGUGGAGAUAGAUAUAAGAAACAUUCAAGACAUGAAGAGAAUGGACACCACACAGAUAGAAAGAGGAACUAUACCAUGGAAGAGGAUGGAAGGAAACUAAAAGGUGAGAUUGAACAAGACGAUGUAGACGAGGAUACAUUGCAACUACCUGAGCAAGAAGAGGAAGAUCUGAACAGAAUAAAAGAGGAGAGUAGAAGAAGAAGGGAAGCAAUAAUGGAAAAAUACAAAAAGCAGAAUCAGAAAAUAGAACAAGCAGCUGGAAAUGAAGGCAAAGGCAAGGACUUGGAGAUUCAUACUGACAUUUUAAAAGCAGUUGAUGGUAAGAGUGAUGAUGUUGAUAAUGUGGAACCAUCAUUUUCUGUUGGGAAAUCUCCACCGGAAAAUGUAAAUGUCGGCUCAGAGAAGGUACCUGGUGCUGGGGGCCUCGGCGAGGGUACUCCUAAGAGUGAGAGGUCAGCUGACAAGUAUUGUGAUGAUAUAUUUGGUGAGACACCAACUGGUGUUCGGAAAUCGGGAAAAGGAGAUGGAUUAUUAAUUGAGAGGGUUGGCCUGCAUGACAACUGGGAUGAUGCAGAGGGCUAUUACAGUUAUCGUUUUGGUGAAAUACUUGAUGGCCGAUAUGAAGUUACAGCUGCACACGGGAAGGGUGUCUUUUCAACAGUUGUUCGAGCUAAGAAUCUAAAAACUGGUAAUGGUGAGCCAGAUGAAGUAGCAAUAAAAAUUAUUCGUAAUAAUGACACCAUGUACAAGGCUGGUUUGGAUGAGUUGGUCAUUUUAAAGAAAUUAGUAGGUGCAGAUCCGGAUGAUAAGCGUCACUGUGUUCGUUUCCUUUCAAGCUUUAAGUAUAGAAAUCAUCUAUGUUUAGUUUUUGAAUCUCUAAAUAUGAAUCUGCGUGAAGUUUUGAAGAAGUUUGGUCGCAAUAUUGGCCUUAGGCUAACUGCUGUGAGGGCAUAUGCAAAACAGCUUUUUAUUGCACUGAAGCAUCUCCGUAACUGUGGUGUUCUGCACUGUGAUAUAAAGCCUGACAAUAUGUUGGUCAACGAGGCCAAAAAUGUUUUAAAGCUUUGUGACUUUGGGAAUGCCAUGUUUGCUGGUAAAAAUGAAGUUACACCAUAUCUCGUGAGUCGCUUUUAUCGUGCCCCUGAAAUAAUUCUUGGAUUGCAGUAUGAUCAUCCAUUGGAUAUUUGGUCUGUAGGCUGUUGUUUGUAUGAACUGUAUACAGGGAAGGUUCUUUUUCCAGGGCUCACAAACAAUGACAUGCUACGGCUUCACAUGGAAUUGAAGGGCCCUUUUCCAAAAAAGAUGCUCCGAAAGGGAGCAUUUACUGAACAACAUUAUGACCAGGACCUGAGUUUUCAUGCCACAGAGGAGGAUCCUGUAACAAAAAAGACCAUAAAGCGGAUGAUUCUUAACAUAAGGGCAAAAGAUGUAGGAACGAUCAUCACUGGCUCUCCUGGGGAGGAUCCAAAAAUGUUGGCCAAUUUUAAAGAUCUUCUAGAUAAGAUUUUUGUCUUGGAUCCGGACAAGAGAUUAACAGUCUCACAAGCAUUGAACCACCCAUUUAUCACUGGCAAGUGA